GAAUUUAUUCAGUGGCAAUUUGAAAAAGCCUUUAAUUCCUUGUGUUUACAUUUUCGCCAUAUAAAAAAUUUUAAAUUUUAAAUAUGUUUCGCAUGAAUUUACCAAACCAAUCUGCUGAAGAGCAGCGCAAAGAAGUUAGACGUCAAGUUCGUAACAAUGUAUUCAGCUUUAUUGGUCUAGUCGCUUUGAUUCGCACUGGUUCCUUAAAACUUACGUGUGGAACUUACAGCUCAGCGGCAGAUGCUUCAACAGCCGUCAAAAUUUAUUUUCAUCGACGUAGAGAAAAUCAAGCUAAGUUAUUACAGUUGACUAAUCAAAACCGAUUUAACGAUGAGGAAAAUCAAGAAAAUGAUUAA